AUGAGGCUCCUCCUGUGCAUAGCGCUGCUGACUCUGGCCGUGUCCGGCUACCGGCCCCGCGACCACCGUCCGCUGGUCGCCACCAAGGAGGGCCGAGUCAGGGGGGUGGCCGACAGAAGCGCCGGCGGAAACCUCUUCUUCAGCUUCAAGGGCAUCCCGUACGCCGAGCCGCCGGUGCGCAAGCUGCGAUUCCGAGAACCGCAGCGGCAUGCUCUGUGGACUGGAGUCCGUGACGCCUCCAGACAUGGUAGUGAGUGCCCGAACUUUGACCAGCUGAGAAACAACACCCGUGUCGGAGACGAGGACUGCCUGUUUGUGAACGUGUUCACUCGUCAGUUGCCAGGAGAAGAGUACUCUCUGGCCGGCCUGCCGGUGAUGGUCUACAUUCACGGAGGUGGCUUCUUCUUUGGCUCCGGUGAUGCGGAUGAGUACGGACCCCACUACCUCAUGGAUGAGCCGGUGGUGCUGGUGACGUUCAACUACAGGCUCGGACCGUUCGGCUUUUUCACAACACACGACGCAGCAGCCCCUGGCAACUACGGCAUGCUGGACCAGGUGCUGCUGCUGCAGUGGGUGCAGGACAACAUCGCCGCGUUCGGUGGAAAUCCUAAACUUGUUACCAUUUUUGGUCAGUCUGCGGGCGGGUCUAGUGUGUCACUUUUGGUACUGAGUCCACUCGCUAAGGGACUCUUCCAUCACGCCAUCAGUCAGUCAGGCGCAUCGUUCUCAAGCUUUGCUGCGAGUGCCAAGCGAAGAGGCUUGGCAAAUAAGCUGUCAAACGUACUCGGAUGCACUCUUCCCAAUGGUGAAGCAUCCGUUGAAUGCAUUAGGAGGGUACCUGCAGAUGUAAUUAUGAAUGCCUUGGAGACGCUUGGCGAAGGAAACAAACCAGGAUUUCUGCCACGUGUGGAUCAGGAAAGGUCGGAGCCGUUCUUGCCAGAGCAGCCAAGAGUUCUGUUGGAUACGGGCAACUUUAACAUUGUGCCGUGGAUUUCUGGCAUGACAAGCAUGGAGGGUGCUUUCUUUCUUCCAGUCAGCCUUCAAACCGACCAGAGUGUUGAUCAGGUUGUGAGGAAGGAAACAAGGAAAUGGGCGCAAGUUCUCGCACUUCUUGGCGAAUCUGAGUUCAGUAUUUUGGAUUGUGGUGCAUCUCCGUUACAAGAGGCAAGAAAAGUUCUUGACUUCUUCACUCCGGGCCCUGGAACGGCCAGUCUAAGAACACUGGCGGUCGUUCUCUCGGAUCGAUUCUACGUAAACGAGAUAACGGAGGAGAUUCGACUGGCCUCUGCCCAUGCGCCCCUCUACAAGUACGUGCUGGACCAUACGGGACCAGGCCGCCUCAGCUUCGAUGUCGAUCUGCCAGUGCCUUCAAACCUGCGCUGGCCGGCACCGGAGCUGGGCGUCAGCCACGGGGACGACCUCCGCUACCUGUUCAGCACCGACAGCCUGCCUCGGGAGCGACCCGGAAGCCCCGGGUACGCCAUCAUCCGCUUCAUGGUCAACCUGUGGACCAACUUCGCGCGCACGGGUCGGCCCAGCUCCGAUGUGCUGCCUAUGCCCGACUGGCCCAUAUUUACUGAGCACAGUCAGCGUCACAUGAGACUCAACUCGCAGCCGGCCCUGGGAGAGAGACUGUUUGAAGAACGGGUCAAUUUCUGGCAAACGGUGGCCGUCAACGAGCAGUGGAGACACCCAGUCAUCAUGACACCCGAUGGAUGUUGAAACAAUGACUCAUAUGACAUAUCUGCUAUAUAUAGUUAAAGGCUCUGAAAAAGUAAUACCGAAGCGAGGUCUCUUCUCACUUCACUCUACCUCAAUUUGCAGUUGACCGGUUGUCUUCACUCGUUCUCCGCUUUCUGUUUUAAUAUACCUUCAC